CUGUAUCAUGUCUUAUAUAGACUAUACCUCUAUGCAUAGCAUAGCCUACCCCUACUCUUUACCCCUACACUCUUAAAGACAAGUAAAUAUAUAAGAUAAUGUCUGAACUUCAAAGCUCUCUGCAGCUUCCUGUGUUAGACUUAACACAACCAAUUCAGUCCUCUGUUCUGUCUUCUCUCUCUCAAGCUUGUGGAGACUGGGGAUUUUUCUAUGUCACCAAUCAUGGAAUCUCUAAAGAGAUGUUCAAUAGAGUCUAUUCCUUAUCUAGAGAUGUAUUCAGUGUUCCUCUUGAAUCAAAGCUCAAGCUUGGUUCCUUUUCAUAUACUCCUCGGUUCAUCGCCUCUCCUUAUUUCGAAAGCCUUGUCGUCUCUGGACCUGAUUUCUCCGGUUCUGCAAAAGCUUCUGCAGAUGUUUUGUUCCAAGAUCAUCAUAAACCAGAGUUAAGAGACACACUGCAAGAAUACGGUGCUAAAAUGGCGGAAUUGUCCCAAAGACUCUUGAAGAUACUCUUGAUGAUGACCUUAGGAGACGAAACCGGGAAGAGAUGCUAUCAAAAUGAGUUUAGCAACUGUCAUGGAUACUUAAGACUAGUGAACUACACACCUCCACACGACGUAGAGAAGCACGAAGAGCUCGUUGAAGGUCUUGGCAUGCACACGGAUAUGAGCUGCAUAACAAUAGUCUAUCAAGAUUCAGUUGGUGGACUGCAGAUGAGGUCUAAGGAAGGGAAAUGGAUCGAUAUAAAUCCGUGCGAGAAUCUCCUUGUUGUUAACAUCGGAGAUCUCAUGCAGGCGUGGAGUAACGGACGGCUGAGAUCUUCUGAACAUCGAGUUGUAUUGAGAAAGCUGGUGAACAGAGUCUCUCUGGCGUUUUUCCUCUGUUUUGAGGAUGAGAAAGUGAUACUUGCGCCGAAAGAAAUCGUUGGGGAGGGAAACUGCAGGAGCUACAAGUCGUUUAAGUGUUUGGAGUAUCUGAAUUUCAGACAGAGUAAUGAAGUAGGCAAGUUUGAGAGGAUUGGUUACACUGUCAAAGACUUUGCUGGACUCAAGUUGCCUCAACCUGAUGAUCCUUACCAGGAAAAACCCGGUAUAUAGGUUUAGAAAUCACUAAACCGGUACUGGUUGAGAAUGAAGUUACAAUUGUUGUGACUUGUGAGUGUCAUGCAAUAUCAAAAUAUUAGGUAGUGGA